CAAAACAAAUUCAGGGACUGGACAUCCAUCCACUGUAUAAGACGUUCAAAAGCUUGUCUUCCAAACCCUAACUUCGCUCCUUCGUCAUCGUCUUCUCUAUCCGAACACCCCCCUCCUUCUCUCUCUCUCUCUGUUCGUCAAACUGUUGUCAAGUUCAUCAGUUCUCACAUAUAUGUUGACACUAUAGACAAAUAUACACAUACGUCUCCGGGGGAGGAGCAAGGAUAAGGAUCAUAAUCCAGUAAUCUGGGAAAUGGUUGCGUCUAUGGACUAGAGAUAAUGGCGAUGGUUGCCUCUCUGAUGCAGGGUUCUUAUACAACAUCCACUUUGAGGCCAGUAUCAUGGGACAAAGGGAUAGAACUGAAACGAUUUGGCAGAACUGUUCACAUGUUUGCAGGAACAAAUAGGUUUUCUUCGCUAAGCUGUGAGCCUUCUUUUUUAAGUGCAGGAGCUGCUCCUCUCCAAGGACCAAAGACAAAAUCUUUGAGAAUUUCUGGCUUUAAAGGUGGGGUACAAAAUGAAGAAUCAAGAGACAGAGCAAGUGGAUCCAAGCUUCCCGAGAAUUCUUCCAAAUGUUCUUAUUUACAGCAAGGGAGUGAAGAAACCUUUAUAGAAUUUCCGAAAGAGCAGGAAGUUCCACUUUCCUGUGGUUCUGAGGAUGGUCAGAUGAUUGCUGGAUCGCUGACUAUACGAAAAUUAGUUAAGAAUUGGUUAACGCUAUUCACCACUCGAUCACAAAAUCAAGCAGCAGAUGGCAGUUUGAAGGAACCUGACUUGGGGAAGGAGUUAUUACUGCAGAAUGGAUCACAAAAGAUAGAAAGAGGUGAGAUUCUAAAGGCGGUUUGGUGCUAUUUGUGGAGUUUGGAUGUGACAGUAAAGAUACCUUUGUUGAUAUUCAUUCCUUUUUACCUGGCAGUUAAUGUGGUUUACGGAGCUGAAGUAUCGAACGAGUUGAUCCCUUUAUGGGUACUGGGGCCUCUCAUUGUCAUGCUCUACGUUAGGGCACUUCGGGCCUUAUGUAAACUAUAUGUUUUUGUGUUUAAGCGUACAGUUGAAAUAGUAAAGAACUCACCCAGCUACUAUGCGGUGGCACGUAGUUAUAUUGUUUCUGGAAGGCUCAAAGAAGGCAUGCGCAUUCUUUUAGGGCAUCCUCUGGUGGAUAUAUUGAGCUUGGACUACAAAGAUUUGCCGAAAAGAAUGACGAACACUUUGCGAGUUUGGGCGGGGGAGAAGUACCUGGACUUUGUGGAGUCAAUAUGGCCUUUCUACUGCAGAUCAAUCAGGUUCCUGAAGAGGGCAAAUCUGAUCUAGUUUCCUCCCAAUUUUAGAUUCUUUUGGUAGAGAAUGAAACGAACGAAUGUAUCCCCAUUCUGGGACUUGGGGGGUUCUUCUCAUUCCUCUCAGCAGCUUGAUUUCUGUAUUCAUUCUAAUGCAUUGUAGUUUUUGGUCACCAGAUGAGUUCCCUUUGUGUCUCCUUUCAGUUUAACCAUCAACUCAUGGCUGACGAUGGUUCUGUAUUUUCAUGAAACUCUUGCCUUUGUUUUGCUACUCAUGAAAAUGGAGUCUCCCCCAAUGUUUUUAGCUUUCUGUGUGCAUUCUAAGCAAGGAAAUGUGCAUCUUUAGUCUCUUGUCUUGUCUCCCUCUCUGUUCCGCUCGGAUUGAUUUUGAAGUCAAUUUGGAGGUCUAGAAUUCAUGUAUCAGACCUUAUUUGGUAUUAUUAAAAUUAUGUGAAUAUUGGCCUUUUUGUUCGGCUUGGGUUUAAA